GGGUUUAGAAAAGUUGUCAACAGUUUGCUAAAUAGAAAAACAUGUAGCUAGAUACUGAGACCAGACCCGUCUUUUUUCCAGCAGAGAAAGAGAGACGGGGAAGGAGUGACUGAAGACAGACAGACGGCGCCGCUGCGGAAAGCAGAAGUAGUUAGUUACAGUAGUUAACUAGCUAGCUAGAAUGUUUAGCUACUGUAGCUAGUUAGCUAACUUGUGUUGUGAUAAGUACCAGGCAAGCUAAACACGGGCUGGUGUGUGUGAUAACUCCAGCCUGCUCUCCCUCUCCGGGACCACACUGCUGAUGCCGGUCCCGACCGGGGCUCCAUGGAAGAGCUGCUAGCACAGGACGGAACAAGGAACGGGACUGUAACCGACUCUCCUCACCCCUGCCCGGCCAAGCCCUCUGCCCGGUACGGUCCCUGCUCAUCUCUCUGGUCCAACGGGAUAUUUUUACCGUGGGGUGAGCCUGGAAACGGGAGCUGCGAGCGGCGAUGGGGUCAGAAGUACUUUUCCAACUUUUUCUACAACUUUUAUGAAAGGUCAUUAUAAUAAAGUUUAGAUUUAUUUAUACCUCCAUCAAACUGGUUAAGGUUAUGCAGUGUGUUAGUCCAGCAGUGAUGUAGCUAUCUCAUAUAGAAGACACGGCUGAACCCCAGGAACUCUGCAUACUGCUGCUACUUCCGCUACAGAACCCAGAUCCGGGACAAGAUGAGUGGGGGGAAGAAGAGGAGUGGCUUCCAGAUUACUAGUGUGACGUCAGACUACACGCAGAGCUCUGGGGAAGCCCCGCCCCCUGCCCAGGCCUCUAGCCAAUCAAAUCCCUCCCCUCCGUCCUCCAGCCAAUCCACUGCUUCCUCCCAGCCUGGCCCCUCCCACCAGCAGGGAAGUUUCUCCCAGCCGACGACUCCCCUCUCUCUGAGGAAAUCCAACUCCCAAGAUGCUGUGGGGCAGUGCUCCAGGUUCCGAGUUGUCAGAUUGGGCCAGGGCCACGGAGAACCCUAUCACCGGGGGCGAUGGACCUGUACGGACUUCCUGGAACGAGAGGAAGGGGUGGGGCUUAGAUGGGUGAUGGACAGCAUGAGACACGCCCACUCUCUGGAGUCGCUGGAGGGGAUUGGUCUACAGAGGGCUGGGGGAGGGGCUGGAGGCGAGCUGCUUGGACACGUGCGCACUCUCAGGACGGGACACCUUGUUCACUCUCAGGGUACCUCCCACUUGCUGGCCCAGCCAAUAGGGUCAGAUGGGGAGGGGUUUGGAGGGCUGAAGCCGCUCCUCCUCCACAGCGACCCGCCCUCCCCCACACACCUGGAAAGAGUCAACUUGCGAUUGGUCGACUCCACGCCCCCCCUGCCCAGCCCCCGCCCACGGAACAUCCCCCCCCCUUUACGCCUGGACGUGGACGCUACUGGGAGGUCUCUGUUGAGAGUGUCUCAUUCCCAGCCCAGCUCCCCCCUACAGGGUAGAGAUGGUAUGUUCCUACCCAGUCUGACUCCCAUCCAGACUCCUUCGGCCUGGUCCAUGUUCGGCUCCGGGGAGGCUGUCCAUCUGCCGGGGGACGACAGUGGGUCGAGCAGCAGCAUGAUCGCAAUCGACAACAAGAUCGAGCAAGCCAUGGACCUCGUAAAGACCCACCUGAUGCUGGCGGUCCGAGAGGAAGUGGAGUUGCUAUGGGAACAGAUUAGAGAGCUGUCAGAAAGGAACGCCCAGCUGGAGAAGGAGAACUGCAUCCUGAGGACGCUGAGAGACUGACCCUCCUGCAAUCACGUUGUUUAAAUUAGUAUAUACCUGUAACAUUACUGAUGAGUGAUUCUGUCCAACUGCAGAAAACAAUAAUAAAUAACUGUGAUUUAAA